GUUCUAGUCAGCUUCCUGUUUAGUAGCGACUGGAAAGGAAAAAAUCCACAAUGGGGUUGCUUGAUUUUGAUUUUCUUGACGAUGUACGGCGGAUGAACCCAAGACAGCUAUACUAUCAAGUUCUGAACUUUGGAAUGAUUGUGUCCUCUGCGCUGAUGAUAUGGAAGGGAUUAAUGGUAGUAACUGGUAGCGAGAGCCCCAUUGUGGUUGUUCUCAGUGGCAGUAUGGAGCCAGCGUUUUUCCGUGGUGACCUACUUUUCCUGACCAACUACAGAGAGGAGCCAAUCAGAGUAGGAGAAAUUGUUGUCUUCAAAAUAGAGGGUCGAGAUAUUCCAAUUGUCCACAGAGUGCUAAAAGUCCAUGAAAAAGAAGAUGGAAAAGUUAAAUUCCUAACUAAGGGAGAUAAUAAUUCAGUGGAUGAUCGAGGGUUAUAUGCCCCUGGACAGCUGUGGUUGGAGAAAAAAGAUGUAGUCGGUCGAGCCAGAGGAUUCGUUCCUUAUGUUGGUAUAGUGACUAUACUGAUGAAUGACUAUCCAAAGUUUAAAUAUGCCAUUUUAGCCUGCCUGGGACUGUUUGUGUUGAUUCAUCGAGAAUAACAAAGACCAGAAAAAUAGAGAAAAAAAAUUAACAGAGUGCUGGAUAAAAGUGAAAGAACAUUUAAAAGCCUACACAGCGGUGCAUGAUCUGUAUUUAUGGUGUAAGGGUUGACUCUUUAUGUUCAUGUCAAUUGUGUUUAUUGCCUGUUACUGUGAAAGGUGUUAGAGAAAUCAUUCAGUUGGUCUGCAAUCGUGUGGAAGUCAUGUGAGUUUUUGGAUGAAAUGUAUGGGAGAGUUUUACAAGUCAAUACAUUCUCUAAGGUGUGCUUUUUUUCAUAAACUGGAUAACAAUGUCAUAUUGUUAAAGUAUUUUGAAACAUUAUGUGACUAAUUUUUUUUUUCUGUUUUAUUUCUAAUGAAUAAUUAUGAAUUAUGGAUUUGAUUGUGUUUUUUUUAAUGUUUG